AUGGAAGAAAAAUCUGACCCUUCUGAUUGGUACUUUACAGGAAGUAUCUUUUUACUUAAAGACAAUUUUAAAGAAAUUAAAAGAUCAAAAGUUGGAAGAGAAACGGAACUACUCAAAAAAAUAAAUGAAUAUAUAGGUGAAAAUUGUUACAUACCAACAGAUGGUAACUGUUUUAUCAAAUGUGUAAACUAUGUUUUAAACAAAGAUUUAACAAAUGAAUUUCAAAAUUUCAUCAAUGGUUUCUCAAAAGCAAAUAGAAAAGGAGUGAUGACAUCUGCUAGAAUUAAUGAAUUCAAUAAUAAAUGUGAUAUUUCAUUUAAAAUUUAUACUCAUAAUAAUAGAAAUUUGCGCCCCGCAAUUGUAAAAGAGGAAUUAGAUUGGGUUUUAUAUUUACACAACUCACAUUUCUGUCUUAUAAGAAGAAAUAAAAAAAGUUUGGGUAUUAAAGAAAUAGAAGGUAAUUAUGAACAAGUAUGGAAAAUGUGUAGAGACGAUAACGCAGUAACACAGGUUUCACCUCUGAAACUAAACGUGUUUUCAAGUAUAAGUGAUGUUGGGUUAUUUGCUUGGGAUUGUGAAACAUAUUCAGAAAGUGAAACGCGUAAAGCGAUUCCUUAUGCGUGUACGUUAAUCAAUUUAGAAAAACUGAGAAAAAUGUUAGACAGAAUAAAUAAUCUCUUUCCAGAUUUAAAUCCUACAGAUAAUGUUCCAGAAGAAUUUUAUGAUAAACUAAUGAAUAUAGUAGAAAUAUUUGCUGUUUCCAAUAAAUUUUUAACAUUUAAAGGACAAAUUGAAAUAGAUGGAGAGAUAUUUCAAGAUGGAAAGCACAAACAAUUUAUGAAACUUCUUGGUUUUAAUGCCGAAACGUUUCAUACUAUCUGUAGAAAUAUGGAAGAAAAAUCUGACCCUUCUGAUUGGUACUUUACAGGAAGUAUCUUUUUACUUAAAGACAAUUUUAAAGAAAUUAAAAGAUCAAAAGUUGGAAGAGAAACGGAACUACUCAAAAAAAUAAAUGAAUAUAUAGGUGAAAAUUGUUACAUACCAACAGAUGGUAACUGUUUUAUCAAAUGUGUAAACUAUGUUUUAAACAAAGAUUUAACAAAUGAAUUUCAAAAUUUCAUCAAUGGUUUCUCAAAAGCAAAUAGAAAAGGAGUGAUGACAUCUGCUAGAAUAAAUGAAUUCAAUAAUAAAUGUGAUAUUUCAUUUCAAAUUUAUACUCAUAAUAAUAGAAAUUUGCGCCCCACAAUUGUAAAAGAGGAAUUAGAUUGGGUUUUAUAUUUACACAACUCACAUUUCUGUCUUAUAAGAAGAAAUAAAAAAAGUUUGGGUAUUAAAGAAAUAGAAGAUAAUUAUGAACAAGUAUGGAAAACGUGUAGAGACGAUAACGCAGUAACACAAAAACUCUCUGAAACUAAACGUGUUUAA